AUGUCGAGACGAACGAAGAAACCGGAGAAGAGCUCGCCGUUGCGAGGCGUCAAUGCGGCGUGCGCGAAAUUUAUCCGGACGGAGCUCAUCGAUGGAGAUAUCUCCCCGGAAGAGGGCGAGCGAGAGGCGACGGCGCGCGAGACGUUUGCGCGAGACAUCGCGCGCGCAUCGACGAAGAUAUCGACGCUCAGAGAAAAGGAAACGUUCGAUGACUGGGAAGAGAACAUCCGAGUCGAACUCGAGCAGGCCUUUGACCGUUGGAUGGAAUUGGAAGGCGACUCGUACGAGGAUGUCCCGCGCCUGGAUUGCGCCGAAUUCGAGUCGUCGGUUGAUUUGGACGGGCUCACCAAUGAGCUCUUCGAUAUCGUGGGCGACGAAGCCUCGAUCGCGAUGAUUUCGAUGGACAAAAUGACUGACUUGGAGCGUAAAGAACGCGAGACGGUGGAGCUCGCGUCUCCGAACCAACACCGAAUGAAUAGGCGACGAAGCUCCGUCGAGUUCUCGGCCUGGCUCGCAUCUAUCACCGACCUCGAGCCCGAGAUCGAUAGCACGCGCCCGCUCGCGUGA